AUGGAGGACAUCACGAAGGGGCGGGCGAUGGACCGAGUGCGGCCAAUAACCAAGCCACCACUGGGCGGUGGACUCGGGAACGAGGUGUAUGUGGUUGACGAGCGGCUGCAGAAACGCAAAGACUGCUGCGCGGAGCGGAUGACGGACGUCGACAUCUAUCUCGGCUCGACGGCGGAGACGUACACGGGCAACGCGCUGGUGAAGUCGGACGUGAGCGUGUCAUCGAACGUGAUGUUGGAGGUGGAGAUCAACGCGUUGGGGCGCUACAUCUACCUCAACCGGCCGUCUGCGGCGGGGCUGACGGUGUGCAAGUUCUACGUCUUCGCUUCGCCCGCGCCGCCGCCGUCACCAUCACCGCCUCCACCGCCGCCGCCCUCAGCAUCGCCGCCGCCGCCGCCGCCCUCACCGCCGCCACCGCCCGCGCCUCCGUCGCCGCCACCAGCAGCGCAGCUGCUCGACCUUCGCACGGCCACCACGUACCAGGACUCGAGCUUGUUCGACAAGCAGGCGCCCGUGAGCGAUCUUUCAUACGCCGACAGCACGACGGGACGGCCGUGGGCCGAGUGCGGCCAAUACACAAGCCACACGUGGGGCGUCGACCUCGGGAGCGAGGUGUAUGUGCGCUACGUGCGGCUGCAGAACCGCAACGACUGCUGCGCGGAGCGGCUGACCGGCAUUGACAUCUAUCUCGGCUCGACGGCGGAGACGUACACGGGCAACGCGCUGGUGAAGUCGGACGUGAGCGUGUCGUCGAACGUGAUGUUGGAGGUGGAGAUCAACGCGUUGGGGCGCUACAUCUACCUCAACCGGCCGUCUGCGGCGGGGCUGACGGUGUGCAAGUUCUACGUUUACGGAUACGUGUGA